AUGGCGAGCCCGGGGUCGCUGGAGACGGUCAUGCCUUCCUCCUGCCCCCGGCACGACGGCAGGGCCGCCGCCGCUAACCCCUCCAAGACCCUGGCCUUCUCCAUCGAGCGGAUCAUGGCCAAGACGUCGGAGCCCAAGCCAGCCUUCGAGCAGCGGCACGGAGGGCCGGAGUCGGAGCCGGUCAAGAAGCCGCUGAGCCUGUGCUCACCCCUGCCCUGCGUGAUCCCUAUCCCGCCGCUGGGCUACGAGGUGCCCUCCAAGACUCUCAGCUACUCGGAGCUGUGGAAGAGCAGCCUGCGGGGCGGCGCGGGGCUCUGCAAAGCCAACUGCGGCGUGUGCUGCAAGGCAGAACUCGCCCUGGGCCAGCCCAGCGGCCGGCUCAUCAAGCCGCAGGUCAUCCACCAAGCGGGAGCCGUGCCGGCCGCUCCCCGCUCCCUUUACUACUUCAAUUACCUGGACGCCGCGUACCACCCGGCCGACAUCCUGCACGGACAGCUCUUCCCCGCCGGCCUGCUGGGCGCCCCGCCGCCGGGGGGCCUCUCGGCCCACCAGAAGCUUUUCCUGCUGGAAAACGCCAAGCUAGCGGGGCUGGCGGCCGAGAAGCUGCCACCACCGCCGCCCUUCGCCCAUAAGGAGCGGCUGCCGGGACACCUCGACCAGGUGAUGAAGGAUGCGGCGGCAGCGGAGCGCGGAGGCCCCCCCAAGGGCCACGCCAAGCUGGGGGGCGGCGGCGGCGCGGCGGAGGGAAAGCCCAAAAACUUUACCUGCGAGGUCUGCGGCAAGGUAUUCAACGCGCACUACAACCUCACCCGCCACAUGCCGGUGCACACGGGGGCCAGGCCGUUCGUGUGCAAGGUCUGCGGGAAGGGCUUCCGCCAGGCCAGCACCCUGUGCCGGCACAAAAUCAUCCACACCCAGGAGAAACCCCACAAGUGCAACCAGUGCGGGAAGGCGUUCAACAGGAGCUCCACGCUCAACACCCACAUCCGCAUCCACGCCGGCUAUAAGCCUUUCGUCUGCGAGUUCUGCGGCAAGGGCUUCCACCAGAAAGGCAACUACAAGAACCACAAGCUGACCCACAGCGGGGAGAAGCAGUACAAGUGCACCAUUUGCAACAAAGCCUUCCACCAGAUCUAUAACUUGACUUUCCACAUGCACACCCACAAUGACAAGAAGCCCUUUACGUGCGUCACUUGCGGGAAAGGAUUUUGCAGAAACUUUGAUUUAAAAAAGCACGUCCGAAAGUUGCACGACAGCGUCUCCAGCGCUCCUCCGCCGCGGGACCCUGGGCGCAGCGGGCAGAGCUAA